AUGGGGACCAUUGGGGACCAGAACUUGGUGAGAACCAUGGGCCAGGCACAGAGACUGGCCGAUGACCUCAAAAAGGCGGUGGCACAAGCAGAACGAGCCAGGAUCGAGCGACAGAGCCAGUUGAAACUUCUGGAAGUCGAGGCGGCUGCCCAAGAAGCGGAGUUGCAGAGAGACUUGGACCAGGCCAAGACCAAGCUUCAGAAGUUGGCCCGGAAGCGGCAAGACACGGUGCCGUCGAAUUCCGGCGAAAAAUCUGGGGGGAUCACGGGACCCGGGGACGACAUUGCGACCUCACUGGAAUGA